UUAUGGGCGUACCUAAUUUCAUAGAAGGCGUGGCAGCAUUCAUCACGUGAUCACGACUAGGGGAAGAACUGAAGAAUGGCAGAAGGUAUUAGCGACAACGAUAAGGUACGUAUUGCGUCUGGAUUCAUAAAGAACGCACCACCUGGAGAGUUCAAUGAAGUAUUUAACGAUGUUAGAGUCCUUUUGAAUAAUGACACUUUGCUGAAAGAAGGUGCUUCAAAAGCCUUCAGUGAAUACAAUAUGGAUCAAUUCACUCCUGUUAAGGUUGACAAGGAGCAAGUUUUGGUUACAAAGCAUGGAAGAGUUGAUGGCUCCAGUUCCAGAUUUCUUGAUCCAAGAGGAAAGCGCUCCUUUCAAUACGAUCACUUAAGAAAGGAUGCAAGUGAUGUUCAACCUACUUCUGUUGAUGAGGCUGCAGAAAAGUUUCGUUCUUCUCUUGAUUCAGCAUUGCAAACCUAUUGCAAAGAGCAUUAUCCUGAUGGAGUAGUUACUGUCUAUGGGUCAUCGUCAGGUGGAAAAAUUAAUUUAAUAGCUUGUUUAGAAGAUCACAAAUUUAGUCCUCAGAACUUUUGGAAUGGUCGGUGGAGGUCAGAGUGGCGAGCUAGUUUUUCACCAGGUGGUUCAGGUCAAUUGGAAGGUGAAAUAAAGGUCCAGGUACAUUAUUAUGAGGAUGGUAAUGUUCAAUUGGUUUCGUUCAAAGAUGUCAAAGAAUCCUUCAACUCUUCCAAUGAAGACGGUACUGCCAAAGCUAUUAUUAAAGUCAUUGAGAAAGCUGAGAGUGAUUAUCAGAGUGCCAUUGGUGACAACUAUAAAACUAUGAGCCAAACCACAUUUAAAGCACUUCGUCGUCAACUCCCUGUCACUCGCACUAAGUUUGACUGGAAUAAGCACGCUGGGUACAAAUUAGGUGUCGAACUGAAAGGUGUGACAUCCAAUUAAUGAGAUGUACACAAUAACUCCUCCUUAUAUGUUGACAUAGCUUUUAGAGUUGAUUUCUUUUAAAAAGUUUGUUUUUUUGGUUAGCAAUGGAUUAAGUGUUUCAUUAAUGUGUGUUAUUUCUUAGAUCUUGGUUAUUAUUAUUAUUAUUGUUCUUAUUAAUAUUA